GAGACUGUAUCUGAGAGAGUCGUCGCGAUAUUGUCUUCCCACCUGAAGUACUUGCCUGCCCCGCCAUUCUCAAUCUAAAUUUUCAUCAAGAUCGAAUACACCGUCGUCCUCGUCUCUCAGCACUGACCAAAAGUUCUUCGGAAAUGGCGGAUUCUUCUUUUGUACAAGCAUUGUUGGAAACAUGGCACAACCAUCGCAUUCCCAUCAUCUUCUUCCUAGGAGUUUUGUACGUUUCUAUACGAUGGCCCAUUUUAUACAGGCGAGCAAAACGCCAAUCAUCUUCAACGCUUCCUCCGUCGCCACGUCUUGAAUCUGCCAUUCCCAGAGAGAAAGUCGAUGCUCCUAUCCUCGAUCAUCUAUCAGUUACCACGGUCGACAAGCCGACUUCAAAGCUCGGUCCUAAGAGAGUUGUGGGUAAUAAAGAUCGUCGUGCAAGUAGACAUCCACAAAAGGCUGGUGCAGCCAGCGGUCCGUCAUUCAUUAAACCAGUAAUAUUUUUCGCUUCGUUGACCGCAUCCACCGAGGCACAUGCACGCUGGCUAUCCGAGCAAUUGCGCGCGGCAGCACAAGAGAAAUCGUCGGGAAGCAAUCAGGAAUGGGGUCUUCUUCCUCCGGAGAUCUAUGACUUGUCGGAGAUUGACUUUGAGGACCAUUUCAUUUCGGCUCCUAAACCACCACCAAACUCCCCGAAUACCAGAUACGUGUACUGUUUCUUGAUUCCAACCUACAAUAUCGAUACCAUUAUCGACACAUUCCUUGCGCAUUUGGAUGAGACACAUAAUGACUUUCGUAUUGAUACUGCGCCGCUGUCAAACCUGGCUGGAUACUCUGUGUUCGGGUUUGGCGACAAGGAGGGCUGGCCGACGGAAGAUGAGGGCUUCUGCUCACAAGCGAAGGAACUAGAUCGCUGGAUGGCCAAACUCACAGGGAAGAAGCGCGCCUAUCCUCUUGGUUUGGGCGAUUCGAAAUCUGAUGGAGUAAAUGCCUUGAAAGACUGGACAAGCGGGUUGACUGAGAUCUUGCUCGAAAUAGCAGAGACUGGAGGCUUAGGCGAAGGUGUAGCCGGUAGCGGCGACCCAUUAGAAAGUGAUGAAGAGUCAGCAGCAGAAGAUGAGGGUGAAACAUCCAGAAAGAAGAAACAGACGAUAGUUGACUUGGAGGACAUCAACUUCGCGGGUGGUGCAAAGAAACGCAAAGGUGAUCCAUUGCCUGUUGAUUUUACAACAGUGUCGAAGGCUGGAAAUAGUCAGCCAGUUUUGAAAGAAAUGGUGCCCUCUACAUCACCCACUUACGCAUCCCUUACGAAACAGGGUUACACGAUCGUUGGGUCUCACUCUGGAGUCAAGAUCUGUCGAUGGACCAAAUCAGCACUACGAGGGCGUGGUUCGUGCUACAAAUAUUCCUUCUACGGUAUCAAAUCACAUCUUUGCAUGGAAACCACGCCAUCAUUAUCAUGCAGCAACAAAUGUGUCUUUUGCUGGCGCCACGGCACGAAUCCUGUCGGAACGACGUGGCGAUGGAAAGUCGAUCCUCCCGAAAUGAUCUUCAACGGUGUCAAAGAAGGACACUACAAGAAGAUCAAGAUGUUGAAAGGUGUUCCUGGCGUUCGUGCUGAACGAUUUGCGGAGGCUAUGCGAAUUCGGCACUGUGCGUUGAGCUUGGUCGGAGAACCAAUUUUCUAUCCUCAUAUCAAUGAAUUCCUCGGUAUGCUUCACAAUGAACAAAUAUCGAGCUUUUUGGUCUGCAACGCGCAACAUCCAGACCAACUGGCGACCCUCAACCGCGUAACGCAAUUAUACGUGUCAAUCGACGCUAGCAAUCGUGACAGCCUCCGAAGAAUCGACCGUCCUCUCCACCGCGAUUUCUGGGAGCGCUUUCAACGCUGUCUAGACAUUCUUCGCGAAAAACGACAUGUUCAACGCACCGUUUUCCGCUUGACACUUGUCAAGGGCUUCAACGUCGAGGAUGAAGUUAAAGGAUACGCCGAUCUCGUCGAGAAAGGGUUACCAUGUUUCAUCGAGGUCAAGGGUGUCACAUACUGCGGUACAAGUUCAAGUGCUGGAGCAGGCCUCACAAUGCGAAAUGUACCAUAUUACGAAGAAGUCAUCGCGUUCGUCGUUGCACUAAAAGAUGAACUCGAACGCCGAGGGUUGGGCUACGGUAUUGGAGCAGAGCACGCCCAUAGUUGCUGCAUCUUACUUGCUUCCGAGAGAUUUCAUGUCGAUGGUAAAUGGCAUACUAGGAUCGACUACGAUCGAUUCUUUGAAUUGUUAGAAAAGGAAAAAACGGAAGGCAUCUCGUUUCGACCAGAGGAUUACAUGAGAGAGACGGAGGAAUGGGCGCUUUGGGGGAAUGGAGGGUUUGAUCCGAAUGACCAGCGGGUUCGUACGAAGGGGAAGAAUAAGGAUCGGUCUAUUGAACAGGUUACGCCUGUAUGAAUUAUUUGUGUCAUGUAUAAUCAAUAGUACAACUUUAUCAAAAGUCAUGAUAGAUG